CGACGACCAGCACCGGGGAACGGUCGUUCUGCAGCGGGAGACAUCACUCAGACAGACUUGCUUGCAUCGACCUUAGGUGCCGAUAGGCAGAGACGCUCAUAGGUUCCAUAGAACCUGCAUUGGACAUGGCUGAUGAGCGGCGGAAUGAAUCCAAUGCAUUCCUAUCUUUCUUCGCGACGUUUGAAUUGACGAGACCUGUCGCUACGGUCGCUGACCUCUCCGAUGGUGCAGCGCUUUACGAGGUUCUAUCUCUUGUGGACGCUAAUUACUUCCGACAAACUACGCGAGCCUCUUCGCAGCCAUCUGAUAACUGGGUCAUCCGCUUCAAUGCCCUGAAACGCCUCUACCGCUUGAUGACCCAGUAUUUCUCCGAUGUUCUCCACCAGCCUACUAGUGCACUUGACGUGCCCGACCUCCAAGCCAUCGCCAAGGAUAACAAUGUCGCUGCGACUGUCAUCAUGUGCCGUCUUACUAUCGCGAUUGCUGUACAGUGCGAGAAGAACGAGGACAUCAUCGAGAAGAUACAGAGAUUGACCGAGUCCGAACAACACUCCCUCAUGCGUGCAAUUGAACAGGUCAUGGCCAAAGUCAGGGUCUCCGAGGAUGCAAGCGUAGGAGAGUCCAGCAUGACGGAAGACGAUCAUUACUACCAGAUCCAAUCAGAACGCAGUCGCAUCCUCUCGGAGAAGGAAACACUGAAGAAGGUAUACCAGAACCUGCUCGAAGAGCACCGCGUUUUGCAGAGCAACUUCGAUGAUAUCGCAUCUGAGAAGGAAGAAGCGCUGGCGCAGCUCAGGCAUGCACAGAACGAGGCAGAGGACAGGCGAGGCGACAGUAGAGGAGAUGCAAUCCUGCGGGCAGAGAUUGAUCGCCUCCGAGCUGAUCUCCAGAAGAGCGAGGACAAUUUGGCGAUGGCGGAGGCAGAGCUUGACAAGCAAACGGCAAUCGUCACUGAUCUUACACGCAAGAUCGAUGAGUUGCAAGUCAAAGCAGACCAAGCAGGUCGCCUCAAGGACCAGUUAGAUGAAUACAGACACACAGCGGAUAAGCUGCAGAAAACCGAGAAUGUAAUGGAAAAAUACAAGAAGAAACUCCAGGAAGGAGCCGAUUUGCGGCAACAUGUCAAAUCAUUGGAGAAGCAGAAUGCAGACCUUGUGGACAAAAACGCCUCCCUCGAAGAGGAGUAUCGCAAAGUCGCUGCGUUCAAGCCGCUGAUGGAGUCCUAUAAGACACAAAUUGCAGAGCUCGAGACUAAAUCCUCCGCACGGACGAAGGAGCUUGACAGCGUCAAGUUUGAACUCGAACAGACAAAGAUGAGGCUGAAGAUGACAGAAGAGGAGCGUGCCAAAGACUCUGAAACGCUAGAACUCUACCAAGAACGCGUCCGCGAGCUUGAGCUCUCUUCGCACGCGCGUCCGACUCCUGCUGCCGUGUCACGGCCCCGCGCUGCAGCUGCAACUCAGGGCAAGAGCGAUAGCAUGACAGAGGAGGAGCUGCUUGGAGAGAAUGGGGCCGUUGCGGACCACGUGGCUCAUGCAGAUGAUGAGGACGUAGGGGAAGUGCAGGGCUUAGGAGAGGAGCUGGAUUCCGCCCUCGCGGGCACGACCAUGACGGACCUCAAACUACAGGUGAGGAGGCUCCAGCGCGAGCUGGAGGCUGUGCGCAAGAACGAAGCGGACGCGAGCCGAGUGCUGGUUUUGGAGAACCUGCUAGAGGACGCGAACCGCAUGAAAGCUCGCUAUGAGGCCGAUUACCUCGCUGCGCAUCGCGAGAUGCUCGUCUUGCAGCACAACCUCGAAGAGAUCAGGAGUGGCAAGUCAUUGGGCGACGGGGCCGAGGCUGCUAUUGCGCUGAGACAACGUCUGAAUGAGACAGUCGACCAGCUAGAUGCACUGCGGAAGGAGCAUGCUGAACUGGAAGUCAAAUUCGAGAGCAUGAGCAGGGAGCUAACCAUCGCGAAAUCUGAUCUGAACCUCGUCAACAAGGACCAACUGGACAUUCUUGCGUCAUUGCGGGAAUCCAUGAGCGAGGACAAGGCUGGGCUGGAACUAGAAGUGCAGAAGUUGCAAAACCAGAUCAAAGAGCUUUCGGAGAAGAACAAGAUGCAGCUCGAGCAGAUCAACGGCUUGUUGUUCGAGAAGGUCAAUCUGCAGAGCGAGGGCAUUGACCAGCGGGAUAGGAUGCUGCAGCGCGAACGCGCCAUCGGCGAUCUCAGGGCAUCGUUAUCCGGCAAAGAUGUGCCUGAAGACAUCAAGGCCCGGCUGCUCAGUCUCCAUGAAGAGAAUGCCAACCUCAAGGAACAGUACAAGACUGCUCAAGAGAAGCUUUUGAAGGCUCGUUCGUUCAUCAAACAACAAGACAAACUAUUCAAGGAGGAACAUGCCAAGAAGGAUGGCGUAGUCCCUUCGGGUGCAUUCGAGGAAGCGGAAGGCAGUUAUCGCUCCCAGAUCAAGAUAAUGGAAGAGGACGUCGCGCGAUACAAGCAUCUCAUCGCCGACCAAGCGAAGCGUUACGCUCGAGAGCAGUCACUCAUGCUGAGUAUCAUUCAUACCAUGGGCAUGCACACGGCGAGAGAGCACUUGGGCAACAAGCAACAGCAAGCGCGGUCGGGGCCUACUAGCUGGUUGGGCCAGCAGAGGAAAAACCUUGGACAAACGUUGCGAAGAACGUAGACGGCAUUCUUCAGUUCCUAACGCCUUUCGGCACAUAUAUAUGCAUCCCUGCCAGAUGUUUGGAUCAAACUCAUACCCUUGCAUAUCAUAUAGCUGUCGUUAUGCUCCGUCGCCAGGAUUUCUUUGUAUAAUUCUUGUCUCGAUUAGAUAGAGGCAUAAGUGGGACAAUUUACUCUUGGGAUUAUUCUGCCAGAUCUCUGGAACAAA